AAUGCGCAACUUCACGAGUUUCAAGAAUUUUCGCUUUCCUACCUCAUCUUUGCUCAUUUUUUUCUUGCAUCAUGACUUUAGCCAAGUUUAGGUUCAGCGCAACUUUCCGACGUCUUUAUCGUCAUAGACCGCGGUAAAUUUCACAUUGGAGUGAAGAGCAGUGAAGAGGAGUCUCUCUCAACGUCGGCGUCUGGAGCUGUGUGUGCGUCACUUACGUCACAUCCAGCUUUCGUGAUCUCAGAUCUGUCAGAUCUGUGUGCCUGUGGUCCUGAUCGAAACGAGGAAACGGUCAGAGCGGGUCAGAGAUCAUCGGGUUGACGAUCAAGAUCAUACGCAAGGGCGAUCCGGAGACCGCGAGCGCGAGGCUACAAUUCUCGGCGGAAUGGCUGUCGCGAAGCGGUGCGUCGCGACGUGCACGUUUCUGGCGGUAUUAUCGUUGCUGGUGGAGACAGCGAUGACCUUGGAUUGCUAUCAGUGCACAUCGGCGGAUGAAUGGAAAUGCAUGGAUAGCGAAUUGGUUAAAAAUUUCUUGGUGCCGAGAAAUUGUAGUCACGUGUAUGGGGCGCGUUAUUGCAUCAAAUCGAUCGGCCGUUAUGGAGGUGGCAUUGGUACAAAACGAUUUUGCUCAUCUGUGCACAUGGGUAACUAUUGCGACUUCGUAAAACAGCCGGGUGACAAGCUGACCUAUCGUACUUGUGUAUUUACGUGUUCCGAUGACGGAUGCAACUCAGCGAUAUCUUCCGUGCCGAAUGCAAUGUAUACAUGGAUCAUGCCAGCGAGUUUAGUGGUAGCUUGGAAAAAGCUGUUUCACAGGUAGAAGUUUCUCCGAGAGCCUUGACAAUUAAGUUAAGUCUGAUAAAUUUAUUGUUCAUUGUUGUCAAUGAAUCUCGCGCCUUUUUCUAAGACUCUUUAAACCUAAACAUCUAAGUAUCAAAGUAAAUUUUAAUUCAUCUUUUAACACUGCCAAUUUCAAACUUCACAAAUUUUUAUAAAUGGUAUUCAUAAAUAUGAGAUAUUUUUUAUCGAUAUAGUAAAAUAUCACAAUUAAUCUUAGCUCAGUUUUUAUAAUUUUGUCUAAUAAUGGGAUUGUUUUAUCUUUAAUUGAAAUAUUUGAAAUCUUUCAUCUCUCCAUAUUCGUCCACUUAUUAUGUGAAACUAUUUAAAAAAUGUAUUUUUAUAGGAAUAUGCUAACAAUUUGUUCACAUUCAAUUUUGUCAAGCCAGAUUUCGAAAAUCAUUGUUUUAGGAUUCUCUUUUCUUAUAUACUUUUUAAUAUAUUUUUAUUGUAUGAUUAGAAAUCAAUUUUAUUAUUUUUAGGACAAUUGCAUAUUUAGUACAUUGUAUAUUUUAUUAUAUAUUUAAUAUUUUUGUAUAUUUCAUAUAUUUAAUGAUGUAACAGACUACUUCUAACAAAAUGGUUGAACUGAAAUAAGAAAUACAUCCGUCCAUUUGACUCAUAAAUAGAUAAUUCUAAAAGUGUAUUGUAUAAUAAGAUACACUCAUAUAAUUUAUCAGAUAUAUAUAUAUAUAUAUAUAUAUAUAUAUAUAUAUAUAUAUAUAUAUAUGAGAAGUACGUCCGUCCAUUUGACUCAAAAUUCUAGAAGAGCAUUGUAUAAUAAGAUACACUUUAUAAUGUAUCAAAGAGAUACAUAUAUUGCACUUUUUUAUCUUUGCUAUGUAGCAGUAUAAUGCGUAGAAUUAAAUUGAUUGCUGUAAGGAAAUUUCAAAUAAGAUAUAUUCGCUUAUAUAUAUUAAUGAAUAAUUAUACGUUUUAUAUAUACAA